GCAGGGUCUAUGAUCAAAUGCCUGAGCCCAGGUGGGUCAUCUCUAUGGGAAGCUGUGCAAAUGGUGGUGGAUACUAUCAUUAUUCAUAUUCGGUGGUUCGGGGUUGUGACAGGAUCGUUCCCGUUGAUAUAUAUGUUCCAGGUUGCCCUCCCACAGCUGAGGCCCUACUUUAUGGACUGCUCCAGCUGCAGAAGAAGAUCAACAGGCGCAAGGAUUUCCUUCUCUGGUGGACCAAAUGAGGAUCUUCAAUUUGCUUCUGGUCAGCUUUCGGCUGCAUGCCGAGUAGGAAUAAAGUCGAACCGUGGUAGCUUCUCUUGCCUACACACCAUGCGGAGGAAGAGAUUUCUCAAAACUGUGGCUUGCAUGAACCAUUGUAUGUUCUUGUAUUUUAUCUACUUGUGGUGUCACCUGGAGAUGUUUAUGGUUUUCGUUAGACUUUGGAUUUAAUAAAGAACAGCUCAAAAUGUUUUUAUUUAAUAUGUAGCUAGUCAUUUGAAAUUGGGAACACCUGUGGUAUAAAUAUCUUAAACUUUUUUUUUUCUGGGUCGUAAACUUGAAUUUCGUUCCUUU